GACCCUUCGCACAUACCAGUGCACCUGUGAUCAGUUAACUUUCAUUGUUAAAAAUAAUAUAUUACAUCAUUCAUUUCUACGUAAAAGAAUGGGAUAGCCGUUAUUUGAACGAGAAUGUAGCUUCGACUCAUGCGUCUUGGUGUUUGGAUAACCUAAAGACAACGAAGACGUUUAAAAUCAUCGCAAAAAAAAUACGAAAUUUACCACGUUAAGACUGAUAAUAAAACAUGGUAAUUGCGGCUACAAAUUAACCAGAUAUAACCGUCUGUGUUUCCCGAAUAACUAAUACGAACAACCCUAAUAGUUGUUUUUUUUUUUGCAAUAACACUCAACUUGGAUCUUUGCCUACUGUACUUUAUGUAGUCAAUAAAUGAUGCUUAUAUAAAUACUCCGUGACGCCAAAACCGGUCAGUGUGAGUCUGACAUUCGAGAGACGCAGGCCACAAACAUGAAGACAAUCAUUUGUUUGUUUACUAUCGCCAUCGCGGCAAUGGCAGCCGUCACAAAUCUCUCUAAUGUGCUCAAAAAUGGAAACGAUAACUUCACAGCCAGAAUGUUUACCGAAGUAGUGAAAAAUAAUCCAGGGAAAAGCGUUGUCCUCUCGGCAUUUUCGGUGCUGCCUCCUCUCGCUCAGUUAGCUUUAGCUUCUGAUGGUGAAACCCAUGAAGAGCUUUUGAAAGCUAUCGGCUUCCCUGACGACGAUGCUAUACGAACAGAAUUCGCGAGUAAAAGCCGUGAUCUUCGAUCAAUUAAAGGCGUUGAGCUUAAAAUGGCGAAUAAAGUAUACGUUCAUGAUGGUGGAAAACUAGACGAGAAUUUUGCAGUCGUUUCCAGGGACGUCUUCAAUUCGGACGUCCAAAACAUUGAUUUCUCGAAGAAUACAGUCGCAGCUAAGUCUAUUAACGAUUGGGUAGAAGAAAAUACCAAUAACCGCAUUAAGGAUUUAGUUAAUCCGGACUCGCUCAGCUCAGCCACAGCGGCUGUUCUCGUCAACGCCAUCUAUUUCAAGGGAGCAUGGAGUUCUAAAUUUGACGAGCGACUGACCAGUGACCGUGACUUCUACGUGAGCAAAGACAAAACAAUCAAAGUACCCAUGAUGUAUAAACGCGGCGAUUAUAAAUAUGGAGAGAGCGCAGCACUUAAUGCCCAACUAAUUGAAAUACCUUACAAGGGCGAUCAAUCGUCGCUGAUCGUAGUGUUACCAAAAGACAAGGAUGGCAUUACACAACUUCAAGAAGCACUAAAAGACCCUAAGACGUUGGAAACGGCUCAGCAAAGCAUGUAUAGCACCGAAGUCGAUUUGUAUCUUCCCAAAUUCAAAAUUGAAACGGAGACGAAUCUCAAAGAUGUUUUAAGCAAUAUGAACGUUAAUAAAAUAUUCAAUAACGAUGCUCAAAUUACGCGCCUUCUAAAAGGAGAAAGCCUUUCUGUAAGUGAGGCUAUUCAAAAAGCGUUCAUUGAAAUCAACGAGGAAGGCGCUGAAGCUGCUGCAGCUAACGCUUUUACAAUGACGAGAUCAUCAAAGGUUUAUGUACGACCGCCAAUCGUUUUCAAUGCAAACAAACCGUUUUACUAUGCCCUUCAAGUUGAUGGUGUUAUUAUGUUUAACGGAAUCUUUAUAAAUUAGGUACAAAAUAUAGUUUAUAAACAUUAAUAUGCAUGCAACAUAUUAAAAUACUAAACGCGCAAUUUUGGUAUGAUGUCAAACUUAUAGAACCAAAUUCUCAUUAAGAACUAAACUGCCUGGAUUUACAUAUAACGGUGUCAAACUGAAUUAAUUAUUAUUGUUCACUCCAUACAAACAGUCUUACAUAAAAUUCAUUCAUUUUAGUAAUACUGAACAAUGGAGUUUUUUUAAUUUUGUAUUGAAGUAGUAUUUACUAACUACGAUUUACUUUUGUAUUUACUUUUUUAUUUAUUAAAUAAAAAUGAAUACUA